AUGAGCCAAUACGUCAAUGUUCCCAAGUCCGAACUGGACCAAUCGCAGAUCAGAGAGCUUGAACAGUAUGAGAUCUCUCAAGGUCCUCUUUCUGUGCUGCAGCAAUCCGUUCGCAAUCACACCCAAAUCCUGAUUGCACUUCGCAACAACAAGAAACUCCUUGCAAGGGUAAAGGCAUUCGACCGUCACUCCAAUAUGGUGCUUGAAAACGUAAAGGAGAUGUGGACAGAGGUGCCCAAGGGCAAAGGCAAAAAGCCGGUCAACAAGGACCGCUUCAUCUCCAAGAUGUUCCUUCGUGGCGACUCGGUCGUUCUGGUGCUUAGAAAUACCGCUUAA